AUGCAAGAUCAUGAAUCGGAAAUAAAGAAGAAGGAAGUUUUGUACCCUCCAAACAACUCAUAUCGUGUCGACACGGGUGGACGGUUACCGAGCCUUAGGACGACGUGUAAUUUGCAAAAGGUCCGGGAUUUUCACAAGAAAUAUUACCACCUAUCAAAUAUGAUGGUGACGGUAUCAGGUAGAGUCAAUCAUGAACGACUGUUGAAGAUUAUUGAGACUGCAGAGGAGGAGCACUUAGCCGAAGUACCGGCGUCGUUUCAAAGACCAUUCGUUUCACUCCAUCUGAAGCCAAUGGCCGAAUCGAGCGAACAUCGCGUCGUGUGCCCAAGCGAUGACGAAUCUCGCGGAAGUGUUGAGAUCAGUUGGUUUGGUCACCGCCCAACCGACUUCCAAGAGAAGGUAGCUUUCGAUGUUCUGUUUGACUAUAUGUCGAAUACUCCUGUAUCUCCGUUACAACGAGAAUUCGUCCUCAUUGAGAAACCAUUGUUCAUGGAAAAAGUUGUGAAGGAACAUUUGGAAGACAAGACUUGGGACAUGGAACGAAUGGGUUUUCUCAUUGGGCAAUCAGUGAAGAAUGAAUUAAAAAAGAUGGAAAAACAUCCUGCAACCCAAUUGUUUGGGCAUAUGAUCGGACAUCAGCUAUACGAUGAAAAUGAGGAUCAACUAAAAACGCGGAUGGAUGAGAAAUACUUCACUAGCCCUCAUGUGGUUGUAGUCGGCGUUCCAAGUGAAAAGAUGGUUGAACAGGUGGCCAAGGAAGAAAAAACUCGCUUGGAUAAGCAGCGUAAAGAACUCGGAAAGGAUGGAAUUAAGGAGUGUGGAGAGAAAAUUCAAGCGGCCAUAAAAGAAAACACCGCCAAAAAGCCGAGCGCUGAAGUAUUGAACGAGUUGAUUGUGAGAAAGUUGGAAGAAUUCGAUCGAUUCCCCGUGGAU